GCAAAAGGCUGGAGCCGGCCGGGCCGGGCUGGGCUGGGCCGGGGAUGGCGGUGGCCAUGGCGCAGGUCCCGGGGGCGCCCCGCGCGAGUUCCUGAGCUGGUGCCAGGCAGGUGACACCGUCUUCCUGCAGCCCCCAGCAUGUGGGCAGGCGCGGACCCUGCCGUCACACUGGCCCUGGUAUUGGCGGUGGCAUGGGCCACAGAGCUCAAGCCCACAGCACCACCCAUCUUCACGGGCCGGCCUUUUGUGGUAGCAUGGGACGUGCCCACACAAGACUGCGGCCCACGCCUCAAGGUGCCCCUGGACCCAAAGAAGGACCUGACUGUCUUCGAUGUGCAGGCCUCACCUAAUGAGGGUUUCGUGAACCAGAAUAUCACCAUCUUCUACCGUGACCGGCUGGGCCUGUAUCCACACUUUGACUUGGCAGGGAGGUCUGUGCAUGGUGGCGUACCACAGAACGGCAGCCUCUGGGCACACCUAAAGAUGCUGCGGGACCAUGUGGAGCACUACAUUCGUACGCAGGAGCCUGCAGGGCUGGCAGUCAUCGACUGGGAGGACUGGCGGCCUGUGUGGGUGCGCAACUGGCAAGACAAGGACGUGUACCGCCGGUCAUCACGCCAGUUGGUGGCCAGUCGCCACCCUGACUGGCCAUCAGACCGCGUAGUCAAGCAGGCACAAUAUGAGUUUGAGUUUGCUGCACGGCAGUUCAUGCUGGAGACGCUGCGCUUUGUCAAGGCAGUUCGGCCUCAGCACCUCUGGGGCUUCUACCUCUUCCCCGACUGUUACAACCACGAUUAUGUGCAGAACUGGGAGACCUAUACAGGCCGCUGCCCUGACGUUGAGGUCUCCCGAAAUGACCAGCUGGCCUGGCUGUGGGCCGAGAGCACGGCCCUCUUCCCCUCCGUCUACCUGGAUGAGACACUUGCUUCCUCUGCCCAUGGCCGCAACUUUGUCAGCUUCCGUGUUCAGGAGGCCCUUCGAGUGGCUCACACCCACCACUCCAGCCAUGCACUCCCAGUGUACGUCUUCACACGGCCCACGUAUAGCCGCAAGCUCACAGGGCUUAGCGAGAUGGAUCUCAUCUCCACCAUUGGCGAGAGUGCAGCCCUGGGCGCAGCCGGUGUCAUCCUCUGGGGGGAUGCAGGGUACACCACCAGCACAGAGACCUGCCAGUACCUCAAGGAUUACCUGACGCGGCUGCUGGUCCCCUAUGUGGUCAACGUGUCCUGGGCCGCCCAGUAUUGCAGCUGGGCCCAAUGCCAUGGCCAUGGGCGCUGUGUGCGCCGCGACCCCAGCGCCAGUACCUUCCUGCACCUCAGUGCCAGCAGCUUCCGCCUAGUGCCUAGCUACACACCUGGUGAGCCUCAGCUGCGACCAGAGGGGGAGCUCAGCUGGGCCGACCGCAGCUACCUGCAGACGCACUUUCGCUGCCAGUGCUACUUAGGCUGGAGCGGUGAGCAAUGCCAGUGGGACCAUAGGCGGGCAGCUGGGGGUGCCAGUGGGGCCUGGGCUGGGUCCCACCUCGCUAACCUGCUGGCUCUGGCAGCUCUGGCCCUUACCUGGAAUUAGUAAGGGUCUCUCACCCAGCUGCCAGGCAAGCUGGCCUCUGCCACAAGGUUCUCUGCCAGGUACGUAGGAGCCUGCAAGGGGUGGAUGAACUAGAGUCCAGAGAGGGCAGAGCCCCUGGGAUGCCCAGCAGGGCAUCCAUUCCAGGUCUCAUCCCCCUGUUCUAAGGGGGAGGGGCAGUCCGCUGGGAAGUCCCUUCUCUCCCUGCCAAAGAAGAAGAGGGGCACAGCCAGGCUGGGGAGGACCUGAUCCUACUCCCCUGCCCCUGGAUGAUUUAUUAUUAUUAUUUUGGGGUCUCUUUUGUAAAUUAAAUAUAAAACAACUA